AUGGGUUCAGUCCGAGAGCCUACGGUUGUGAUAUGCGAGAACACGCUGGAGCUACGGGCGAGGCGCACAGCGGCUAAGGCGGGCCCCGAGGUUUGCGAGCUCGAUUUGACGCUGCGCAUGCAGGGCCCCGAGGCAUUGGCGGCCCAGGCAGGCGAUGGAGCAGAGGGGAUGAGGAUCGUGAAGCUUCUGCUAUGGAAAGAGUUGCCGGAGUGGCAGCAACGGGCUAGCGGAUCUAUGAGAGAGUGCUUGAGGAGCUGGAUAUAUCUCCAUAAUGAAUCCGUGAACAUAUGGUCCCACCUCAUCGGUGCCGUCAUAUUCUUCUAUCUCCCUUACUACAUGUUCGCGGUGGCAAUCCCUCCGCGCUACGCCAUCGCGACCACGGAGGACGUCGUCGUUUGCUCUGCCUGGUUCAUUGGCGUGGCCAUUUGCUUCGUCCUCUCUGUUUGCUUCCACACCCUCAUGGCCCACAGUGAAUCCUUGUACGAGACCACGCUCCAUCUCGACUUCCAGGGCGUCCUCGUCCUCAUGAUCGGCUCCACGCUCUCCCUAACAACUUACACCACCUGCCAGCCCCCUUCCCACCGCGCGGCCCACCACGCCGUGAACCUCGCCCUCGGCCUCUCGGCCGCAUUCGCCACAGCCAGUCCAGCUCUUGGAGAGGCCCACCUCGGCCGAUACCGCGCCGCCCUUUUGCCCUCUUCGGCGGCGGUGUCUUUCUCCUCCCUGUCUGGCGGGCCUGGCACGAGGAUGCCACCGGCCUCGGCGUGCGGUACACCUUUGUCCGACGCUUCUGAGAUUAACCGCCAUGUGACAUAUAAGGAUGUCAAGUGGAGAACUUAG